GAGCUGGCUUCCUAAGAUGGAGGUUGUGCAGGAUGCGUGCGGGAUCGCCUCGCUGCCGGCAGCUCGCCAUCGUUGACUGACUUGCAGGUGAGCGUGGCAGGCUAUGGGAUGGAUGAAGCUGAGCAGGACCAGUAUGAAGCUCGCCUCAAGGAGCUCUUCGACAGCUUCGACAGCACGGGCACAGGGUCCCUGGGGCAGGAGGAGCUCACCGACCUCUGCCACAUGCUGCACCUGGAGGAGGUGGCCCCGGCGCUGCAGCAGACCCUCCUCCAAGGCAACCUCCUAGGCAGGGUCCACUUUGACCAAUUUAAAGAAGCACUUAUCCUCAUCCUAUCCAGAACCCUGUCAAAUGAAGAGCACUUCCAAGAACCAGAUUCUUCCCCAGAAGCCCAGCCCAAGUACAUCAAAGGUGGCAAACGCUACGGCCGGCGUUCCCUGCCGGAGUUCCAGGAGUCGGUGGAGGACUUUGCCGAGGUGACCGUCAUCGAGCCGCUGAGCGAGGAAGCGCAUCCCCCGCACAUCGCUUCCAGCGGCUGCCAGGAGCGCUGGAAGACGCGAGACAGCGAGGAGUAUGAGGCCGAGGGGCAGCUGCGCUUCUGGAACCCAGAUGACCUGAAUGCCUCCCCCAGCACCUCGCUGCCUACCCCAGACUGGAUAGAGGAGAAGCUGCAGGAGGUCUGCGAGCACCUCGGCAUCACCAGGGACGGCCUCCUGAACCGGAAAAAGCUCGUCUCCAUUUGCGAGCAGUAUGGGCUCCGAACGGCGGCCGGGGAGGUCCUUGAAGAGGUGCUCCAUAACCUGGAGCAAGAUGGCACCAUGAGCAUAGAGGACUUUUUCUAUGGCUUGUUUAGAAACGGAAAGUCGCUGACGCCCUCGGCGUCUACUCCGUACAGACAGCUGAAACGACACCUCUCCAUGCAGUCCUUCGACGAGAGCGGGCGGCGCACGACCACCCCCUCGGCCAUGCCCAGCACCGUCGGCUUCUGCCUCUUCUCCAGCUUGGACGAUGGGAUGGGCUACGGCUGCGUGGAGGGGGUCCUCGACUGCUGGCACCAGGAGGGCAUAGAGAACAGCCAGGAGAUCCUCAAGGCUUUGGAUUUCAGCUUGGAUGGGAAGGUGAACCUGACGGAGCUGACGCUGGCGCUAGAAAAUGAGCUUUUAAUAACCAAGAAUGGAGUCCACCAGGCAGCCCUGGCCAGCUUCAAAACGGAGAUCAGACACUUGCUGGAGAGGGUUGACCAAGUGGCCAGAGAGAAAGAGAAGCUGCGCUCGGACUUGGAAAAAGCCGAAAAGCUGAAAUCCCUGAUGGCCUCCGAAGUGGAUGACCACCACGCGGCAAUUGAGCGCCGGAACGAGUACAACCUCAGGAAGCUGGAUGAGGAGUACAAGGAACGAACUGCAGCUCUGAAGAACGAGCUCCAGAGGGAGCAGGAGCAAAUCCUGCAGCAGGCAAACAAACAGCGGCUGGAGCUGGAGCAGGAGAUAGAAAAGCUGAAAACAGAUGAGAACUACAUCCGGGACCGCCUGGCCCUUUCCCUGAAGGAAAACAGCCGCCUGGAAAGCGAGUUGUUGGAAACGGGAGAAAAACUGGCCGAGUACGAAAGUUUGGCAAGCAAACUGCAGAGGAACUUGGAAAACGUCCUGGCUGAGAAGUUUGGUGACCUGGAUCCCAGCAGCGCUGAGUUUUUCCUGCAGGAGGAGAGGCUGGCACAGAUGAGAAGCGAAUACGAGCGGCAGUGCAGAGAGCUGCAAGACCAGAUAGAUGAGCUGCAGUCGGAGCUGGAGGAGUACCGUGCCCAAGGCAAAGUGCUCAGGCCUUCGCUGAAAAAUUCGCUGUCGGAAGAGUUCGACAUUGAUAUGAAAAGCCACGGCAACAGUGGCAUUGAGCCUGACCAAGGGCUUGGUUCAGAAGACUGCAAUCCAUUAAAUAUGAGCAUAGAGGCAGAAAUGGCUAUUGAACAAAUGAAGGAGCAGCAUCACAGGGAUCUACAUCACCUCAAACAGGAGCUUGAAGACACGGUGAGCCAUUACGAAAAGCAGCUAGAUGAGACAAAAAUCCACUGUGAAAAGGAGCAAGAGGAUAUGAGGAAGAAGUACACUGAGGAGAUGCACGUCAUGGAAAAGCAAAUAACUGGCCUCAAAAAUCAAAUUGCAGAACUGCAAGGAGAGGCCGCAGUGCUCAGAGAACAGCAAGAAAAGCUCGACUGUAAAUACAACGAUGAGAAAACCAAAUUAAAAAUGAGUUUCGAUGAGGAAAAAGCCAAUCUGCAAGAACUGUUGAGGCAGGAGCACGAAGAAGAUGUUAGAGCCAGGCUGGAGCAGGUAAACGAGAAGUUUAGCCAAGAACGGGAAGAACUGAUUCAAAAUGGUGCCUGGGUGGAAGAAAAGAUGAGAGUUUUAGUGCAGAGGCUGCAGGAAGAGAAGGGAGAGCUGGAACGCAGCUUUCACGAGCAGCUGAAGAGGCUGGCGGAGGUGCAUGCCCUGGAGAAGGAAGAGCUCCGUCAAGAGCUGCUGAGGAAGCACCAGCAGGACCUGGAGGAGGAAAGGACAAAAAUGGAAAGUGACUAUAAGAGAAGAGCAUCUCAUGCAGAAACUCAGUUUUCUGCCGACACACAAACACUUGUGAAUAAAUAUGAAGAAACAAUCCAAAACCUGGAAGGACGCUACCAGCGGGAGUUGCAGGAACUUGCCGAACAGCAGAGAGAGGAGAAAUCUCAGUGGGAGUUUGAGAAGGAUGAGAUUGCUCAGGAGGUCGCCGAAGCUCACGAGCAACUGAAGGAAAGUCUGGCAAACGAAAAGGCCGUUUCUUCUGCCCUGACCCUGGAGAAAGAUCUCCUGGAGAAGAACUUCAAGGAAGAAGUGAACAAGCUCGUGUGCGAGAGAGAGCAGCUUCAGAAGGAGCUGCGAGACCUGAGGAACGCUGCCGAGAAGCAAGAGAAAAAGCUGAAUGAUAAAAUAGCGCAACUCCAAAAUGACCACGAGCAAGAGCUAAAGAACAGGGAAGAGCAUAUAUCCAUGGUGGAGGAAAACGGGAAGCUGGCGAGGCAAAAGCUGGAGAGGCUUGACAAGGAAUAUAAGCAAGAGAAAGAAGAACUCAACUCCAAACUUCUUGAUUUGGAGAGUUUAAACAAAGACAUUUGUGUAAGAGCAGAAUCAGAAAAGGCUGAGAUGAGUUUGGAAAUCUCAAGCCUUCAAGAGAAAAUACAGAAACUGCAGUGGGAGACCCGCAGUUUUUCCGUGCUACAAAAUCACUAUAGGGUCCUGGAAAAUGAAUACGCAAAAGCAAAGAGCAAAAUUGCGGCUUCCUGUGGCAUGGCGCUUCUGGGAGAUGAGGCAGACGUUCUCCUCAAUCUACAGAAAGUGCACGAGCAAGCCGUGAAGGAAAACGUCAGAAUGGCUGCUGAGAUCGUCAGGCUGCAGCGCAGGCUGGAAGCCACAGAGCGGGAGCCCGUGCCACCUCCCAGUCCUGGCUGCUCCGAGUCCGGCUCAGAACAAUCUCAGCUGCCAGACGAAAUAGAUCCCCUUUUUGAAGGGUUGCCCAGCGAUUGUAAAGACGCAGAGAAAGGAACAGAUUCGAACGUCCUUGUGUUUUUGGAGGCUGAUGCUACAGACCUGGAAGAAAUGACUGAGAUGGAUUCCGAUUCAGAGAAUGCGUGUGUUAAAGCCAGAGCAGCUGGGCACACGCUCAAGGUGCAGGGGUGUCAGAUCCAAGGAAGCAAAGCAGCACUGGGAGCUGAUGGCCAUCAGGACUGGGACAAGAACCAAGAGCUGCUUUCUCGGGUGCCUCUGCUGCAAAACAAGAGAGAUCUGGAGAAAACUCCUGAGAGACGACCCAGACCAAAAGUGCUACACGACAACGUUAAACAGCAGAAGGUUCAUCUGCUAAAUCACAGAAUAACUCCCCAAACUAAAGGGUUUGUUCCUGACGCUGUGAAGCUUCAGGUUGAGCUUGAGAAGGCUGAAGAACUGAGUGAAGCCUCUCUCCAGCUUGAUCAUGUUCCUGGGUCAAUGAGUGGUGACCUGAAAAGUGUAAUAGCUCAGCUUUGGAAAAGGGCAGAAGAGUUAGAAGACAGAUUAAUGGCACAGGCCGAGCUGCUGUCGCUGCAAGAAGAAAUUCAGGUAGAAAACGAAGAUCUGAAAUCCGAAAUGAUGAAGUUAGCUGAAAAAAAUAAAGUGCUAGAAGACAACCUGCGUAAGCUGAGAAGCCUUCACGGCAGACUAGAAGAAAGUCAACUGGGAAGUAGUAAGCUUAGAGAGGAAAAGGCGCAGCUCCUCCAAAAAGUUCAAGAACUGGACGAUGACCAAGAACAAGAUGCUCAAGGAAACACAGUGGCGUGCAAUGACAGGUUAAGACAGCCUGGGAAGCUGGAAGAACAUGCUGCUGCGUUUACAGCUCAGCAGGACCCGGCUGCCCAAAGGGACAGCAGGGUGUCCUGGGAAAAGAGGGAGCCGCAAGAACCCAAGGGAAAGCUGCAGGAGAAGGUUGCUGCUGCGGUUAACCCAGAUGACACGCAUCUCCAGGAGGAGAGGGAUGCAGUGACGCACGGCUUGCAGAGCACGUGCACUGAGCUGCAGCAAAAAGUUGAUCUUUUGAGGUGUGAAGCCGAGAAGCUGAGAGAGGAAAAUGCUAUUCUGAAAAACGAAGUGACUUUACUAAACGAGGAAGGUAGCGCUUCCAGCCUGAAACUGAGGGAGCUAAAUGGAUCCCGAGAAGAAAUGCGGCAAAAGAUAGAGGCUGUGAGAAGGGAGAAGGUGGCUGUACAGAAGAUGGUUGACAACCUGAAAAAGCAGGUAGCAGAUCUGAAGACCCGAAACCAGCAGCUGGACUCUGAAAACACCGAACUUAGCCAGAGGAACUCCAAAAAUCAAGCAGAUGUGCAGGAUCUCAAUCAACAGCUGGCAAGGGUGCUGAAGCAAAAGGAGAUGGAAACGGGGAAGUGCACCCUGGAAGAAUGGGAAAAGGAGCGACUGGUACUGAAGGAGGAACUGGAAAACUCCAAAAUAAAGUCAUCAAAUGUGGUGUCUUCCUUGGAGAUGGAGCUCUCAAAAAUGAAGGUUCAAGCUCACUUAUUGGAGCAGGAGAACCACAUCCUCCAGCAGGAACUCGAGAAGACAAAACAGCUGCCCCGGUGUCCUGAUCUCGCUGACCUCCAAAAUGAAGUCUCGAGCUUAAUUGCUAAAAAUGAGAAGCUGCAGAAAGAAAAAGAAGCCCUGAGUGAGGAAUUAAACAGAUGUAUUGAUAAGGUAGCUCAAGUAAGCCGCUUAGAGAGCGCGAUCGGCAGCUUGAAGCAGGAGCAGAAGUCCUGGGAACAGCAGAGUCAGACACUGAAAACGCAGCUCACCGUUUCGCAGGAGAAGGUGCAGAGUCUGGAUGAAACGCUGCAAAAUACCACCCUGCAAAUGUCCCGACUCAAAUCGGAUUUACGGGUGACGCAACAGGAGAAGGAAACCCUUAAGCAAGAAGUGAUGUCUUUACACAAGCAACUGCAGAAUGCCAAUGAAAAGAAUCGGGUUCUAGAACUGGCUGUGCCUUCCUCAGGGCUGCAGGACCAACAGAGGCAACUCCACUGGGGUGAACUGGAGCAGCUGCUGAAGCAGGAGCAGCAGCUGCUGAGGCAGGAGAACGAGAGGCUGCAGAGAGAAGUCCAGAGCAGUAAAACAGACCUGACGCACGCCAGGGAGAAGAUCAGACAGCUGGAAUCUACUGUCCUUUCCCUGAAGCACCAAAAGCAUCAAAGCCAGUCAGGCAUCGUCAAAGCCAUAGAGCAAGAGAAAUUAAGCUUGAAGAGAGAGUGCGAACAGCUUCAGAAGGAGUUGUCAUCUGCGAACAGGAAGAUCAGUCAGAUGAAUUCUCUUGAACGUGAACUGGAAACCAGCUCAGAAAAUGAAGGGCUAAGAAAAAAGCAAGUCAAACUGGAUGAUCAGUUGAUGGAGAUGCUCCACUCGAGCGGCAGUGUGAUGCUUAGCCAGUCCCCGCACUCCCGGGAGCUCCCGCAGCAAGGCUGUGCUAUGGUGCCCAAGGAACAGUUCCUGCAGCUCCAACACCAGCUACUACAAGCAGAGAGGAGGAGUCAACGUCUUCAGGAAGAGCUUGAAAGCAGACCCUCUGAAACAAACAUGCAACAGGGGGGUCAUGAGCAGCUUCUAAAAAUGAUGGAAGAACGUAUGAUGGAUGUUGAACAGAAACUAAGACUUGUGAAGAGGCUUCUCCAAGAUAAAGUAAAUCAGCUGAAAGAACAACUUUCCAAGAACACUAAAGCAGAUGCGAUGGUCAAGGAUCUCUAUGUUGAGAACGCACAACUGCUGAAGGCUUUGGAGAUGACGGAACAGCGGCAGAAAACUGCUGAAAGGAAAAAUUAUUUACUAGAAGAAAAAAUUGCCAACCUCAAUAGAAUAGUAAAGAACCUGGCAUCCCCAUCGUUUAAUUCAGCAGCUGAGAUAAGGUCAUAGCAAAGCCAUUAAGUCUGCCACAGUCCCAUGCACUUUACUGAAAUGUUAAUAUUUCAGCUUUUCACUGUGUUGCCUUUUUGUAUGGAUGAAUUUUAGUUAACAGAUUCCUCCAAGGAGAGGACAGAGCUAAAUCCCAAACCGGACACUGCCAAAAGAGAACUUUUGUUUAUUCCCAAACUGUUUUUUUGCUAAGUUUUGCCUAAAAGCAAUCUUCAUUAUGUUAAAAAAAAAAAAAAGACAUAUGUUUUUCUAGGUUAACUUAUUUUGAUACUUUGGUUUUAAUUUAAAUUAUAAAUUCUGAGUUUACUGUACUGAAUUGAUUACUCCUAUCUAGAUUGAAGCCGAGGUCUAAUGCAAACUUACAUUACCAAAUUCAAAACUUUAAACUACUUUUGGCUUUCUAGGAUACUUCAUGGUCCGAACUUACUAAUAGCAAUAGGUCAGUCUUCAACACUGUCAGUAUAAUUGCUGUUGAAAGCAAGACUUUCUUGAUAUGGCCUGUCCUCUGCAAACUGACGUUUCACGUUAUGCAGUAGGCUUUUGGGUUAUUCAUCAUGGCUGUUUCUGAGCAGAGCUCAGAAAAAAAUUUUCUUAAAAAAAUGUAAAUUGACUACUGCCUCCAACUAAGCGUAACAAUAUUUCAUCUGAAGAAAUUUCCCCGCUGGCAAAUAAAGACUACUGUGUUUUUGGGGUUUUUUCAAGCUGUGCUGCCAGACAACUUAAAAAUUGUAGAGGCCUUAAUUUUUUUGUAUGUGGAAGUAAGUUAUGCUAAACAAAGGAAGAGCCACUAAAGAGAAGUUAAGAUGUGAGUUUUGUUUAUAUAAUUUGUAAAUUCAGUAAAGCAGUGGGGUAUGUUUAUUAAACAAUUGUCAAAAGAAUGAAGAGGGGGACUUGAAUGAUUUCUUCAGUGAAAUCCUGUCACUAGGCCUCACAGAUGUGGACCUUUGCCAUUAAUGCAGUGUUCAAAAUGAGCGCUAUUUAGUGUUCAUUUCAAAAAUUUCAAAACAAAACUAUCGCUCGACCCAAGUGAUAAUUUGGAAAGGUCUGUCUUUUGUAGUAGGUCCUAGUACAUAAUCUAAGUUUGUAAUUGUGAAGAAACGUAUUCAAUGUGAAUAUGAAGAACUCAGGGAAUAACAGCCUAAAUUAGCUUCCUUCAACAUUAUAAGUGUGGAUAUUAACGUCAAUAGGUGAAGAUAAAUACGCAUUAGGAAAAGCAGGAUAAACCAAAUUGUAUUUGGAUGAUUAUUACCUUAGUACUCCUAGACCAACAUACAGAAGUGCUACAGUCAUGAAGGUCAAAGAGCAUCAAGUUUUGUAAGGACAGGUAACGCCUCCUAUUUCAUCAGUCAAUGCGGCUAAAGAAAUGCAAGUUUUCUGGGAACGCCUUCAGGACUGAGACAGGUCUGACAGAAGCGGCUGAGUAAGAGCUUCCAUGCUCAAAUGCUUGUAUAUAACCUAUUGCUGCAAAUAGUCUAAAUGCCUUGCCUCCCUCAGACCAGUAAGACACAUCUAAACAAUGUAAAUAAAACUGGUGAAAGGGGCCAUACAGGCAAUACUUGAAACUGGACCUCUUUAAAUAUGCAUGAAUUGAGAAUGCAGAGGAAGAGAGCGAGAUGUUUUGUCUCUGAGACCGCUAGCAAGGUCACAAUUCUGACAGCAUUUAUAAUGAGCCAAAAGUCCCCCAGAAACCGGGAUAAUACUGCCUACAAACUGUGAAGUAACCUAUGGAAAGUGACUUUCUCUCAAGUACUGGUUAGCGUGUGGCUGUAGGGGAUGCUAUAUCUAUGUCCACAUGGUUACUUACCAAUUUUGGAGGGUUGAGGGACUGAACUAGACAUAGAGGGUAUGACCUCCUCCUCCUCCUCUGUUGCUUUUUGCAGGCAAUAUAGUGGAAAUGGAAAUACAAUCACGUAAGAACAACAUGUCGGAGUUAUCACAGAGUCCUUAUAAAUUCUUUCACUGCUAUGCUAUUCCCAGUGGCUGUAUUGGGUAUUUCUCUAAGUAAUCUCAAAUUCAAGGAUUUACCUAUCCCGUUUUUCAGAGGCUGCAACAAUUUUUUCAACAAUUUGAAAUGCGUCAAAUUGACAAAUUGCAUUGAUAUAAAUCAGAGGUUUUAAAAAUCUGAAGUAGUAAUAUCUUGUUUCUUUUAAUAUUAAUCAGUAAGUGGUAUCAGUUAUAAUAAGUCUCUAUAUAUGGGUACCAGGGCUGCGUGUUAGCAAUAUUGUAAUUGAGCACAUCCUAAAACCAUGCCUAUGCCGCAGAAAUGAGCAAAGUUUCAAAAUACUUCCAGGAAACAAUGUAAAUCAGGUUCAGAACGGUAUUUGGAAAAAUAUCAUUAGCUAGCACAUUUUAACACUACUUCAUAUCUUGACCUAGGUUUACUUCUAAUGCUCAGUCUGUGACCAAAGUCUGAAUGCUGAACAGAGGGAAUGAGCACUUAAACUAUUGGGGAAUUAAUUUCACAUUACUCCAUUUUAAAGGCUAGACUACUUAACUAAUUCUUUUAAUCUCCUGGUAGUUACCAGGUUUUUAUAAACCAAACGUACAGACAUUUCUAGAGCACAGUACCAAAAAGGGAGCCCAGAUGAUGGAAUAAAAGGGAGAAACGGAGAAAAGGGACUUUGACUUCUCCCUUUCUCGCCCUAUUCUACCUUCCUCUACUUUUCUUUCACUUUGCUUCAAAAAAUUAACCCAGCCACAGAAGAAAGAAGGAGGAGGCGGAGGAGGAAAAUAUUCUUUAGACCAAACUCCAAUUUCACUGGAAUACUUGCAUGAAUUAAUUCUCAGAAGUGCCUUUUGUAAUUACAUAUUCUGGAGUCUUUCUGUACUGUACUGUUUUUGUGGCUACAGGACAAUUCAGGACAAUCCCUUCCCAAAUGGAGGGAACAGAGAGAAAGGUAGCGCUGCUUACAAAUGAGUGUCACAUUGCUAAUUGGUUCAUUGUGUCAGCUCAAAAGAUAAAGCAGCUGGUUUUACAAAGUCCAGGCUACUGAAAAUAAGCAUAUAAACAUGUAAGUUAUUAAGCAUUAGCGGUCUUUUGUGCAUGAAUGUGUCUCCUAUGCAGUAUAGGCAUUUUAAAGAUACCAAAGUAUUUAAUGGUAUUGUACCAGUCAAAAGUCACUGAAUUUCUAGGCCUCGUUCACACAAGUCUUGCCAAUUAAGGUAUUAACUACUUUAUUACCAGAAGGUGUUUCAACUCUUGCUUUAUGAAUCACUGUGAAAAUAAAGGCACACAGGUAUCUCGGGUCGGGAGUCUUGGAAGCGGAGAGGCCCCCCAAGUUAAAUUUAUGUGUACUGAAUUCACACAGCUGAAGUGCUACUUGUCAGUUUAGAAUGAUUUAAAAGUAUACAUUGUCGCACAUUCUCCAAUUACUACUUUAAAUAUAAGGAAAAAUGAAUUAUUUGAAUUCUGAUUGAAAAAAAAAAAAAAGCUUGUAACAUACUUUAUUUUAGCCAGAUUAUACGUAAGGUAGAGCAGGGGACGGUCUGGAUCUAUCAAGAGUAAAAUACUUUUGUUUACUUUCAGCAAAUGACAUUGCUGUCUCUCAGGUUUUCCAUCAUUUACCUGUUAAGUCUCCUGUUCAGUGUCAAAUGCUGUCAUUUCAUGACAAAUGACUUCUGUAUAAAUGAAAACAAUUGUGUAUUUUUUUUUUCUAUUGUUUUGUUCUGGUGUAAUAUAUUGUCCUUACAACAUCAUGUAAAACUGAAAGAUGAACCAACUUACACGUUAUUUAUAAUGAAUGUAAAAAACAA